AUGGAUAUGAGUAUGGGAUUAAGGAAUAUAAUGGGAUUUGUUGCGAUAGUAUGGGAUAAUGAGAUAUGGAAAGGAUAUGCUGAAUUUCAGAAGAAAUUUGGUAAAAGAAUCUCAUUAACGUGUGUAAACGAAGGAUUAACAGAUAAUAAUGAAGCUAUUAUCGUCUUUGUGUAUGUCUUAGAAUAUACACCUGAACUAUUAGUUUACCAUAUGAAGUUCAUUUCGAAUUUCAUCAACAUUCAUUUCAUAAAGAUCUUAUGCCUUGCAUUUGUAUUGGCAGUUCAAGUAACCGACGUAUGCACAUUUGGAGGGUCGUUCCAAAAUACAGAAGAGCUCGAUAAGAAAUGUUUAUCUGAUUUUGGAAGAGAUUUGAAGAUGGAAAUUCAAACUCAUAAUCAAUCUUAUUAA